UUCCAAUGAUUACAAUUGGAAUGCUUGAGAAGGUUAAAAAAGUAUUGUAUGAUAGUAUGUAUCAUUAUUGGAAUUCUGUUACAGACGUCGGCAUAUUGGCAUAUUUACUUGAUCUACAUUUUAAAAAGCUAUGUUUUGCUAACACAAACGUGGUUAUACAAACUAAAGAAUACUUAAAAAGUUUGUAUGAAUUGGAAUGUGAAAUUCACCCAACUUCUAAAUGUCCAACGUCUUUGUCAAAUAUUCAGCAUGAUGAUCAUGAUGAUUUUGAAGCUGGAGGGGAGACGAAUUGA